AUGGAAUUCGGCUUUAGAAAAAAAUUAUGGAGCAGAAGUACUUGGUGUACUCCACCUUUCAUAGCUGUAUAUUUGAUAAUUGGAAAUGCUGCUUUGAUCAUUGCAAUUAUCAUUGUUGCAAUCCACCUUAGAAGAGAGGUCAAUUAUCGAUCGGAGAAAGAGUUUUUGCUUCAAUUGCAAAGAGUGUACGAUACGGCUAUUUAUUCAUUAUUCGGCGUACUAAUAUUUUAUAUUAUUACUAAUUUAAUCAGCUUGGGAAUACGACUAAAAGUUACCAAGGAAAAUGUUGAUUAUAUCACACAACAGGUCAAUCAACAACGCAAAGAAUAUGAAGAAACCGCUCGUAGAUUCGCAUGUGAUGCUUUUUUCGUUAGAAAAUACUACGAGAAUGGGCCAGGAACUUUCCAAUCCGCUGAAGUAUUAUCUGUUCAGCAAGGUGUAUCAAAAUAUAAAGAAAUGAAAAAAGAAUACGCCGUUGAUAAAACAAUUGGAGAAAUUAGCAAGCAUUUGACAAUGCUUAAUAAAAUGAAAAAUGUUAUGGAUCAGCCUAUGGAAAAACAAUUUGAUUCAAAAUUUGUGAAACUAAUCAAAGAACUAAACAGAGCUGGACAAGUUACCGUACGAAAAGGCGUAAGCAGAAUAAUGCAGGACAGGCAACCGUUAAGAACGCAAGAAGAACUCAGCGAAAUUCCAACGGGAAGCCAAAUGGAAGGAUAUGCUGAUUUGACACAGUACAGUGUUAAAGGUCAAAAGAGUGUAAUGAUGGCGGAGAAAACACAGUUGAGUACUGUCAAUACUACGAUUGAUCAAAUAAAUGAAACAAAAUCUGAGCAUGAAGAAUCAGUUCUAUCACAGUUGCAAUUAACAUCGAAGAAUCGUAAGUCCCAGAAGACAUCUUCAAAGACGGCUAGUAAGAUUUUGCGGAUUCCUGAAACGGAAAAAACGCAAUCGUCAUCGUAUGGAGAAACUCAAGGAAACAUUCAUCAAUUAUCAGUAGGAAGUGAAAGUGAUGUGAAGGUGCUUUCGGAACCAUCCAAAAAUACUCCAUCAAAUACAGAAUCUAAUUAA